AGUUCGACAGACACUCGGCGUUCAUGGUCCAACAUCGUCGUGAAAGUCCGGGUGAGUGGAUUUUCGAUUCCGGCACGUCGUCACACAUGUGUCGCGAAAAAGCAAUCCUGAAAGAAGCAGAAGAGGUGAGUGAUAGUGUCAUAGUUGCAAACAACAUGGAGACACCAGUCGUUGCUAAGGGCAACGUGGUAAUCAAAGCCGACUUGAGUGAUGCAACCGAAGUGCUCGAUGUUUCGGAAGUGCUGUGCAUUCCGGAACUGGCGAUGAAUCUUUUAUCCGUGCACAAGAUCUGCAGUCGUGGUCAUCAGGUGGUGUUUUCCAAGGACGUGUGUGAGGUUUUCGACCAGACCGGUCGGAUUGUGGCUGUUGGUGAUCAGCAAGGCGGACUAUAUCGUCUCCGCCAAACCGGAAGAAAUGUAUCGUGCAUCGCGACGCCCAAGGAGGACAUCGGAUUAUGGCUCAAAUGA